UCACUCUCAGAGUUGUUGUCGUCUCUGGAUCGAUGUUUAGAAACCAGGAAGAGGAAGAACGUGGAGGUUCUGUGGAUCGCUGCGACGGUGUGUCGUCAGGUGAACGGCGUGCGUCUGACGAGCUGUAAGAGCGCGAAGGACCGCACGGCGAUGUCGGUGACUCUGGAGCAGUGUGUGUUACUGAGAGACAGACACACACUGAGCCAGCAGCACUUCAGCACCGCACUGGACUACAUGAGGAGGGACGGCUGCAGGAUGGAGAACGUGCAGAAGAACGUGGGCAGCAGGAAGUUCGCCUUCAGCAGCGUUCAGCUCCUCACCUUCCCCAAACUGUACCGACCUCCAGACGGCAGCUUCGGAUGAACACUCGCUUUGUUUUUUUUGUUUUUUUAAUCGUCAGACUUUAAGACCUUUAAUUAUGAACUGUGAAGUGUUUUUAAAUAUUAUUUCAUCGUGUUCCAUAUUCACUGCUGCUGUUUGAUUUACAAAAAUGUUUCUGCAGGAAUAAACGACGACUGGAUUUUA